AUGGGUGGCGGUCCUCGAGUCCCCUAUCCCAAGCACAUCUGGUCACCGUCCGGUGGCUGGUACGCUCAGCCAGCCAAUUGGAAAGCCAACACGGCGAUCAUUGGCCUCGCUAUGUUCGGAAUCACUGCGUUGGUGUGGAAAGUGAGCGCGGAACGCGAAUUUCGACAUAAGAUGCCGGAGCCGGGGAGCUGGAGCAAACAGAUUAUCGAGUAUGAGCGGGCACAGAAGGAGGAGGCGUUACGGGAAAAGCCCCAAUAA